AUGUCAGACAUAGAUAUCCAAGAGCAGCUGCUCGAUCGCAGACUCCAGCUUACAGAAGGUCUCGCAAGCCUCCCCUACGACCUCGUCUUGUACAUAGAACGAGCCCUCGUCUACGCAGACCUUGGCUACCCCGACCUUGCGGCUGGCGAUGCAUACCGCGCACUGCUGCUGACUGAUGAGGUCCUGACCGACGGCUUUGAAUACCAUGAGCAGGCUCUGGCAGCUCUGCGCAUGCGGCUACCGCCUCCGAUGCCCGAUGUACUCUCGUAUGGCAAGCUCGCCGAUGAGUGGUCGCCUUCUCUCGGCGUCGAGCCGCAAGACGAAGAGGAAACCGUGCAUGCGCUGGCUCGCUUGUGCUCAAUCCGCGCCUAUCAGAUACUUUCCCUUAGCCUGCUCCUCUGCGGAUGUCUCAAAUCGGCAUUCACCUUUUGCGAGCGAGGCCUGGCCGCCAGCCCAGGCAAUCAGGAGCUCCUCAAUACCAAGAGCCACAUUCAGACAGUCGCCCGCCGACGGCUGCGUCGCGACACAUUUGAAGUCAGCGAUUUGCCCGACUCGGGCUUGGUGCGCCGGGAGGUGUAUCCGUGGAACGACCACGAACCCGACCGUUUCGAUCAAGAGUCACUGGAUUCCCUCAACGCCGACCUCAAGAAAAUGGCACCCAAGUGCGCGAUCAAAGUCGCCACACUGCCCGUUUUGCUAGAAACUGCAAGCAGCAGCACCGACUCUCUCGAAAUUAUACCCACCUGCAAGCAGCUGGGCGUAUUCGCCGAGGAGGAUAUUGAGCCAGGCGAGGCGGUCUUGCGCGAGUACACCCUGCUCACGGCUAAUAACAGGCUCAAGGACUCGGCCUGCGACGCAUGCAGCUGCGAUCUGCCACCCAUCGGCAGCGAGCAAGAGCCGGUUCAGUGCGAUGAAUGCUACGAUACCGUCUUUUGCAGCCAGUACUGCCACGAUGAAGCCCAGGAACGAUAUCACCCAUCCGUAUGCGAAAAGGAUGUCGACGCCAUCGCCAAAGACGCCGACAAGUUCGAGGCUGACGACACACUCUACCUGCUUCUGCUCGCGCGCGUCCUUGCAAUUGCCGCACACCAAGAACUUCACCCCCUCGAUGUCCGCGAGGUGAAGUUUAUCUGGGGCGACUUUGUACCCAGCCGCACCAACGACAUUGACGUGUCUCCGUCAGCCGGCCCGCCGCCCGAGUGGACGCUGCCAUUCUCUUUCAAAUACAACAUUGAAACGCCACUGCACCUUCUUGAAAAGAUGGACAUUGACAUUUACGCCUCGCUCGCCGACUACGAUCUAUGGGUCCUCAACACGCUGUACGCCAAGUUUCGUGGCACCGCCUCGGCCCGCAAGAGCUCGCGCGACGGCCGUCCCGACGUUGCCGCUGUCCACCCCUACUGGUGCCUCGCCAACCACGACUGUGACCCCAACGUCACCUGGGAAUGGGGCGGCCGCAUGGUGCUCCGCGCCAAGACGGAGCGCAAGGUUGGCGGCCGGCCCGGCGGCAUUCGCAAGGGCGACGAGAUUCUCAACCACUACUGCGAUAUCGACCUGCCCGUGCGUCAGCGCCGCGAGUGGGCGCGGGGCAGCCUUGGCGGCUGGUGCAUGUGCCAGCGCUGCAGGACCGAGUCUGCCGAAGCCGUCGUGGACAAGGAGGACAAGGAGGAUGUUGGCCACAAGGAAAUUUUGUGA